AUGUCCAACCUUAGUAUUUACGUUCGUCUCGGCGCCGAUGUUCUGACAGAGCAGCAAAUGUUUUAUGGCUACAAGGCAGGAUGGGGCUUUCAAAUCCUCAUUACUUUCUCCACAUUCUUCAUCGGGUUUUGCCUUGCUGGUUUAUUUCGGGCCAUUGUAGUCGUUCCGCCAGAGCUCAUAUGGCCGGGAGUUCUAGGUGUUACUGCGUUGACCACAACCCUGCACCAUGUCAACCAGGAACAAGUACAAGUGCGUUACAAUACUUGGAAAAUGUCUCCUUAUGCCUUCUUUGCUAUGGCAUUCUGCAUCUCGUUCUGUUGGUAUUGGUUUCCAGACUUCGUCUUCCCGGCACUUAGCUAUUUCAAUUUUCUGUGUUGGAUCAAGCCUGAGAGCAAAGUAGUCAAUCAGAUCUUUGGCAUGAGUUCUGGAAUGGGCUUGUUACCGAUUACCUUUGAUUGGAGCCAAAUUUCUUAUGUUGGAUCCCCCUUGCUCAUCCCUUCUUGGGCAGUUCUCAACGUGUUUAUUUCCCUGGUAUUCUGGAUCUGGAUUGUGGCUGUUGCUUGCUACUAUACCAAUGUGUGGAACACAGGCUACUUGCCUUUUCAAAGCUCCCAAGUAUUCGACAAUACUGGAAAUACUUACAAAGUCAAAAACAUCGUCAAUGCAGCUUCAGGCUACAAGCUCGAUGUCAAGAAGUACCUUGCCUACUCGCCGGUCUAUAUGCCAGUCACCUACACGCUAAACAUGUUCGGGCUAUCCUUUGCCACCCUCAGCGCUCUUCUUGUUUGGGUUGUCCUUGAAAGGCGCCAUGUCAUGACGGAUGCAGCCAAAAAGGUGCCUCGACUGGUUCUGGAGUCCCUUCCCGGGCGUUCCAGAGAGUAUAGCGAAGAUGAGAGGGGAGACUCGGAUGUACCCUUGUGGUGGUAUUUGACUACAUGCAUCUUAGCGUUAUUUAUGGCAAUGUUCGCUGUUGAGUGGUGGAAGGUUGAAUUGAGAUGGUACGGUGUUUUGCUGGCAUGCGUUGUGGCAUUGGUAUUCUACCCUGCGUUGGCCUUAGUUUAUGCCACUUCUAACCUUAAGAUCAACAUCGAUAUUUUCUGCCGUAUCGUGGCUGGUUUCAUCUUUGAGGGCAAGGUCCUGGCCAAUAUAUGGUUCUUCGAUAUUGGGUAUAUCACGACCAUCAAGGGUCUUUACUUUGCCCAGGAUAUGAAAUUGGCUUACUAUUGUCAUGCAAGCGCUCUUCCUCCCUAA